AGUCCCGCCCGGCUUGGAUGUGACGAGGACCAAUUGUAACGCAUCGUGCGCCGUCGGGGCAACGUCACACUGUCGUCAGCAGCCGUCCUGGUGGGACUGCCGUGCGGCUUUGCUUGGCUUGCAGUCUGCACAGCACCUCUUGUUUUUGUGUGUGUGAGCCACCACUUUAGCACUUUUCAGGACUGGAGAAAUUAGCCCAUUGGUUCUGUGGGAAGAGCGACAGAUAAGUUGUGGACCAAUGAAGAAACGUGUCUUUAUAGGGAGGAGAGAGACUGGCUGACUGUCUUUACUUCCAGCCAGCGUUAAAGCUACUUUGUUGCGACCGCUUAGCUAACAAGCUAACUGGGAAUGUUUUCAGAAACUAGCCAGGUAGUUAGCUAGCUAGGCCGGAGCCCUUCGCUGUCUAAAUUUAGCCAGCAGUUACAAAUAUACUUUUAACUUUCGAGGCAUUUAAUGAAAGAAGUAUGGCAAUGUGUUAGACAGCAUGUUGACUGCGUGAGGCUUCGGUGCUUGCUCGGUAGCUUGUUUCCAAUAGGAACAAUAGUAAACUGUCCAGGCUACAAGUCAGGCACACACUGCAGGUUUACCGACUCAGGUUUGUACUAAUUUUGUGCAGUUUGUUAUUAGAUACUGCUUGGUUCUUGUUAGCUAGAAAGGAAUAGUCAGCGAUAAAGUAAUAUUUUUGGACAAAGUAAAGGUAGCGUUGCACAACGGAAAGUAGGGUGCCACUUUAGAUACCCAUAUUGGAGUGUAUUUGGUCACUUUGUUGCAUAGGAGAACCUGUUGCCAGUCAGUCUAUACAACUAUUGACGAGGAGACGACGUGAAUGAACAACAUAAAUCGCCCACAUGCGUUGGAUCAGUUUCCGGACUUGUGAAAGGCAUCUGAAGCAGAAGGUGGGAGACCUGAGCGCACAACCUUUGCAGCCCGGGGGAAGAUGGCGGAACGUUCCCGUAGGAGGUGGUGAAACCAAAACUUGGGGACUUAUUAGGUUUAUCGACAGACAUCUUAUUUCAGAUCGUAGGACACAUGCAGGCCAAAAAACGGUACUUAAUUCUGUUCUCCGCCGGUGCGUGUCUUAUUCUCUUAUUUUGUUUUGGGGGGAUACAAGUCCCGCUAUCCAUACGGGGUCCACACGGGAGCGAUGAGCGCAGCCUCACCGGUUAUCACCCCGGGGCGCGGUGGCGUCGCUUCCCAGGGUAUCUUCAGCAUUUCAGCUCCUGGGAGCAAGACCGGAGCGACGAUCACAAUGAGCACAUAUCCCCUAGGCAAAAGAGAGACGCUUACUCAGGCGUUUACAGUGGAAAACGCUGCAGAAUGGAGUCCUGUUUUGAUUUUUCCCUGUGUGAGAGGAAUGGAUUUAAAGUUUAUGUCUACCCCCAGCAGAAAGGGGAAAAGAUGUCGGAGAGUUAUCAGAACAUUUUAUCCUCUAUCGAAGGGUCCAGGUUCUAUACACCUGACCCAGGACAGGCCUGCCUAUUUGUCCUGAGUUUGGACACUUUGGACAGGGACCAGCUUUCACCCCAGUACGUGCACAACUUAAAAGCAAAAAUCCAGAGCCUUCCUCUGUGGAAUGGUGGCAAAAACCACAUCAUCUUCAACUUGUACUCUGGCACCUGGCCUGACUACACAGAAGACCUUGGCUUCGACAUUGGCCUUGCCAUGUUGGCCAAGGCCAGUAUCAGCACUGAGAACUUUCGGCCCAACUUUGAUAUUUCCAUACCUCUGUUCUCUAAGGACCAUCCCAGGACAGGAGGCGAAAGGGGCUACCUGAAACAUAACACUAUUCCCCCUUUUAGGAAGUACAUGCUUGUGUUCAAGGGGAAGAGGUACUUAACCGGAAUAGGUUCGGACACUAGGAACGCUUUGUAUCAUGUUCAUAACUCAGAAGAUGUGGUCCUCCUCACCACCUGUAAGCAUGGGAAGGACUGGCAGAAGCACAAAGAUGCACGCUGUGAUAAAGACAAUGCAGAAUAUGACAAGUAUGACUACAGAGAGAUGCUGUACAACUCCACAUUCUGCCUGGUACCUCGAGGACGACGCCUUGGUUCCUUUCGCUUCUUAGAGGCUUUACAGGCAGCUUGUGUGCCUGUGAUGCUAAGUAAUGGCUGGGAGCUUCCCUUCUCAGAGAUCAUUGACUGGAAUACGGCAGCUGUGAUGGGGGAUGAAAGGCUGCUGUUACAGAUCCCCUCAACAGUGCGCUCCAUUCACCAGGAUAAGAUCCUGUCCCUGAGACAGCAGACCCAGUUUUUAUGGGAGGCUUACUUCAACUCUGUGGAGAAAAUAGUGUUGACCACACUGGAGAUCAUCCAGGACCGGGUACUACAGCACACCUCAAGGAGUAACCUCAUGUGGAACAGUUUACCAGGAGGUCUUUUUACCCAGCCUCAGUACUCGACCUACCUGGGAGACUUCCCUUUCUACUACGCUAAGCUGGGUGUCAAGCCAUACCCCAAGUUUACAGCGAUCAUCCAUCUGGUGACCCCACUGGUCUCCCAGUCUCAGCCAGUCAUGAAGCUGCUUGUGGCCGUGGCCAAGUCUCAGUACUGUGCUCAGGUGAUAGUUCUGUGGAACUGUGACAAGCCUCUCCCUGCCAAGCACCGCUGGCCUGCCACCUCAGUCCCUGUCAUCGUUAUAGAAGGGGAAAGCAAGGUGAUAAGCAGUCGCUUUCUGCCCUAUGACACCAUCCCCACUGAUUCUGUACUCAGUCUGGAUGAGGACACCGUGCUCUCCACUACAGAGGUGGACUUUGCCUUCACAGUGUGGCUGAGUUUCCCAGAUCGCAUUGUUGGCUACCCAGCCCGCAGCCACUUCUGGGACAGCAACAAGGAGCGGUGGGGCUAUACUUCCAAGUGGACCAAUGACUACUCCAUGGUGCUGACUGGGGCUGCUAUCUACCACAAAUACUACCACUACUUGUACACCACCUACCUUCCAGCCAGUUUGAAGACUAUGGUUGACCAGAUGUCAAACUGUGAGGACAUUCUGAUGAAUUUUUUGGUGUCGUCAGUCUCUAAACUGCCUCCCAUCAAAGUCACCCAGAAGAAACAAUACAAGGAGACAAUGAUGGGACAGAGCUCCCGGGCGUCUCGCUGGGCCGACCCAGACCAUUUUGCACAGCGUCAGACCUGCAUGAACAAGUUUGCCAGCUGGUUUGGCACCAUGCCCCUGGUCCAUUCUCAGAUGAGGCUAGACCCAGUCCUGUUUAAAGACCAGGUGUCCAUACUGCGGAAGAAAUACAGGGACAUUGAGAGGCUAUAACCCUCUAGAGCCUCCUUGCUCUCUGGACAUAACAAUGAGAGAGCAAGGGGGUGGACACGUCCAGAAACGCAGAGCCUUUCCAUGAAUGUGUGGAGAAGCAAAUAGGAUUGUGAACAGAGGGAGAGGAUGAAAUAAACUAAAACUGAUGUGGAGGACAGCAUGUGUUGCUCUCCUCUGUUGUGUCCUUUGUCCAUUUCACCUUUCUAGUCUUUUUGUCAUGUGUAUUGGGGGAUAGCUGAGCGCACAAGUCCCGCUACAUACAUUAUGACUACCACCAACUGAAAGACACCUUUAAAACUGCUCGACUUUGAACUGAAGUGGUCAAAGUCAUGGAGUUGGAGAGCCUGCGCCUUCAGUGUCCCAAUCCACUUUGAGCUCUGACCUGAUGAAAGAGACAGUCUCUUCUGCUCUGUACACUAAGCACAGGCUCCUGAACGUUUUUGCUGACAUAAAAUUAUGAUAAUUGUGAGUAUGAAGAGGAUAACACUAUUUUGGAUUGUUUAGCUAUUUUUUAUACAGUGAAUGAAUGGCCAGCACUACUCUCUCUGUAUCGUCUUAAUUAAAACCAAUAGCAGGGUGAGUGAAGAGAGAAUGACAACCCCUCAACCACAAAACUGAGUUCUGAUGGUGAUCUGAUAUUCACAGUGCCUCAAGUUUCUCCGACGGCGUCGGGAUGUGGGAGUCUGAGAAGAAGACACGGUGCAGAAAGGGCACCUUCAUCUUGCUGCGUUUCGUGUUUUCAUGAUUUGUGAUUUUCUUUAUAAUUGAUUGAAUUAUGGGUCUCCGAGUAAAUGUUUUGGUUCAGUAUUUACGUUUUUUUCACUGAAGUAUAAUGAAAAUGUGUUUUUAUCCUGGUGAGCAAACAAAAUUGUCAUUGUGUGCCAUUCUGAAUUUUUUGUUUCUGGUUAAGCUACAACAGUCUUAUACAACGAGCUGGAUUUCACAAAAUUUGCUAUGUGGGAAUAGAUAUCCACAGAACCUGAAGAGAGAUGCAGAGAAGGUUCAGUGGAAUUAUCAUUUCAACAAGAAGUCUUCUUCAUGCCCUGUUUCAUUUGUGAAGGUUUAUAUGCCAAGCUAUAAUUGGAACUUGAGUGCGCUCUGGCCUGAAGAACAACAGAGGAUGAUACGAAUUGCCCUGCUGAAGGGAGGCUGAGCUUGCCAGUUGAGCUACCUAUGGUUCUGUUUGACGCAAACCACUGUGAAAGCUAGAGAAGCAGUAAUUAUCUCUGCACCAUAGACCCAAUUUUAUUUUGUCCAGUGACAGAUUUGGCGGUAGACCUGUUGACGUGGGCUAACACUGUUUUCAUGUAGGAGUAUCAAACAGCAUUUGAUGUUGUCAUAAGUCAAGAGCUGUCAUCACAUUAAGUACUGUCUUUUUCCUGCUUGUCAUAAACAAAAAUCAACAGGAGUUCUCACCAAGCAUUUGUGAUGCUGUUAAAAGUGAUGGGGAUGAGCUGUGUACCUUUAGGGAGAGGCACUCUAUGAAGUAAUUCUCAUUUGUGCUUUUCCUUCAUCUUAAAUACAUGUCAUUAGAAGCUUUUAGUGGGCCACUAUACUUGAAGAAUGCCAAACUGUAUCUGUGGUAAUCACAAAUUUAAACAGCUGCUCUUCUCUGAGAGAUUUGGAUUGGCAAUAUGCUUUUAUGCUUGGGCCACAAUCAAGAAGCAAAAUGUAAGGAUGUUGAGAAUAUGUCCCAUUGUUUAGUAUGCCUCAUAAAUGACAUCUUGAUUAGUUUCUGUAUGUUACUUAUCUCAACCUGAAGCGCGCAUCAUUUGCUGCCAAACUGUACAUUGACUGCCAAGUGUGUGGAACAUGAAAUUGGGUUUUUGCGGAUGGAUCAAUAGGUUUAUUAACUUAAACAAUUUCUG